AUGUGCAUCGCUAAGAAAUGGUUGACUUUAUUCUAUGCGAUUUUUCUUUCUACCGCUAAUCGUUUAGUUGUAUUUUUAAAUGAAAACAAUAGAUCGAUGUUUAAUGCAAUAGCAGCGUAUCAUGGAUUUGCAAAUAUCACAAUUUUUGAACGUGAUGACAAACCAGGUUCGGUACCAAAGACUGUAUGCCAACGAUUAACCGAUGAAAACAUAAUAGUUUAUGGACCAGAAACUUACCCUGCCAAUCUGCUAACAGCAAAUUAUGCAGGCUUAUAUAGUGUGCCGCAUUUUUAUCUACAGCCAAUUGAUCCACUCAAUAUACCUAAAAGCAAAUUAUCAUCAAGAAAAAUACUUUUGAGCACAAAUGCAGUGCAAAAGAGACGAAUUGGUGAUAUGGCUGCUGAUGUUCAAAAUUCAAUGAGAAUCGAUAUUCCUUGCAGCGAAGACUCUUUGAGGGAAAAGGAAAUUUCCCUGAAGAAUAUCACUGCUGCUGAUAGUGCUUUGCUUCGAACGAUCGAUCUAUUCCCAACGCCUCGAAUUAUUUCAAAUGUACUUAUUUCAAUCGUGAAUCAUUACAAAUGGACAUCGCUUGUCCUGCUUUACAGAAAUGCUUCUGAUCUUACUGAUCUCCAACAUUUUGUUGCUGAAAGUCAUUUUCCUCGAUCGAUUCAGAUAAUAAUGCGUUCAUUACCAACGAAAAAUAGAUACAGAAGAUUACUGAAGGAAAUUCGUGAUCUCGAUGAAAUGCAUAUAAUUCUUCAUGCAGAUACGAAUGCAAUCAUUCCAUUUCUUUAUCAAGCUUAUCAACAAUCAAUGUGUACAUCGCCUUAUCAUUAUGUCAUCACGAAUUACGAUGCGAUGACUUUGGAUUUAUCCGUACAUCCGAUCGAUGCAUGUAAUGUGACUGUUGUUUCAUUUAUUGAUAUAAGAUCCAAAGAAGUUGCAGCACUUCGAACUCAUCUUCAAAAAUUUAAUAUAACUAUACCACAAAAUUCAAUUAAUGUAGAAGCUGCUGUAUGGUCAGAUAGUUUGGCAUUGUUAAAAUCCGUAUUAAGUCGGGCAGAUAGAAUGAAUCUUGCAGCUGAAGAAUAUUCUUUUUGUGAUCGACCUCAUCCUUAUGGAGAAAGAAUUAUCAGUUCAUUAGUGAAGGCGCGAGUUAAGAAUUCGAUAACUGGGCCGAUUGCUUUAAAUAUUCAU